CUCGUUACUCCACUUGAAAGACAAGGCCCAUUUGUUAUCUGCGUUUUUUUGUUCUCUUCUCUCUUAAGAGAUUGAUUUCCUUUGACGAUUCGAACGAGGAAUGGGAGAGGCGAAAGACGAUGGCCAGAAGAACAAGGGAGAAGGGAAGAAGGAGGAUGGACCCACAACUGUGGUUCUUAAGGUUGACAUGCACUGUGAGGGUUGUGCUAGGAAGGUUAAAAGAGCAGUGAAGAAUUCUGAAGGAGUUGAGAGUGUAAAGGCGGAUUGCAGUACCAACAAGCUUACGGUGGUGGGGAAAGUUGAUCCAUCAAAAAUCAGAGAGAGAGUGGAGGAGAAAACCAAGAAAAAGGUGGAGCUUUUGAGCCCUGCUCCCAAAAAAGAAACAGGUGAGAAAAAACCAGAAGAAAAGACUGAAAAAAAAGUGGAGGAAAAGAAAAGCAAAGAGCCCAGUGUUUCAACGGUUGUUUUGAAGAUCCGGCUGCAUUGCGAGGGUUGUAUUAGAAAAAUUAGACGGAUAAUCAAGAAGAUUAAAGGCGUUCAAAGCGUGGAAUUAGACUCUCAGAAGGACCUGGUGACUGUAAAGGGCACAAUGGACGUGAAGGCCCUUCCGAUUUACUUGAAAGAGAAACUAAAACGAAAUGUCGAAUUAGUCCCUCCCAAGAAGGAUGAGAAACCAGCUGAGAAACCGAAAGAGGCGGAGAAGCCGAAAGAGGGAGGUGGCGGAGAGAAGAAAGAGGGAGGCGGUGGAGAGAAGAAAGAGGGAGGCGGUGGAGAGAAGAAAGAAGGUGGUGGAGAGAAGAAAGAAGGUGGCGGAGAGGCCAAGAAAGAGGAUCCCUCCACCAAGGUGGUGGUCAACAAAAUGGAGUAUUAUGGCUAUGGGCCGGGUUACUCUAUUGAGUAUGUCCACGCCCCUCAAAUAUUUAGUGAUGAAAACCCUAAUGCAUGCUCCAUUAUGUAAAUUAAAUAAAAGGUAAAUUUUAGAGAGAGAAAGAGGGAGAAAGUAGUGUGUAGAGUGAAGAGUUAGAGAGGGAAAGAGAGGUGUCACCCUGUGUAGAUUGAGAAAGAGUUUUCUAGAGAGAGAGAGGUGUCGGCCUUGUUUUCCUUGCUUUAUUUUUCAUUUUUUGUAUGUUCACGACCAAACUGUAUAGAAAGACAAUGAUAUUUGAGCCAAAGCCAGACAGGCCACGUGGUGCGUGGCAGUUUAUUUGCUGUA